AUCUCAUCUCAGUCACAGUCUGUUUCCCUGGAGCUGGAUGUCGGUUCGGGGGGGAGGGCAAAAAGAAGGAGGGGAGAAGCAGAGGCAGCCUCCCUCCCUCCCUCCCUCCCUCCCUCUGCAUGUUGGGUCCUGCCUCGUCUCAAUCACACACACACUCACACACACACUCACAUGUCGGCCGCUCUCACCGCUGCAUCGACUCUGGAGAUUUGCACUUUUUUCACAGGCUGCUCACCAUCGCCUCCUACUGAGCUAUCCAGGCGCUGCAGAUGUAACUUUUUCAUGGAGAAGAAUUGUAAAACCACAGGAAAUCGUAUUUGAUCGCUUCAAAAAGAAAACUUUCCCCAGAACAGCUGUGGUUCUCUCUGCUGCAGCUUUCAACUCAGAAGAAAGAAGAAAUAAUGUUCACCCAGAGGAGUUUAUGACCAAUUAUCUGUGGAUUUCAGUUCAAAAAGAAAGAAGAAAAAAGGGCUUGUGGGAACUGUAAACUAUGGCCACAGAUUCUUCCCAUGCUGCCUACGCUGCUGUAGCGCCAUCUGUGGUCCCCAUGUCUCCGUCCACUGGAAACCUGCUGAGGAUAUUCCGUGAGUACCAGAGCAACGAGGUCAUCAUCGAGCACUACAACGUCACGGGGAAACUGAAGGAGAACAAGUACAAGGAGGGUCUGAAACCCGAGGCCAUAGCUUUUCUCCUGGUCUGCGUGCUCAUAGUCCUGGAAAAUGCGGUGGUUCUGGUGGCAAUCUGGAAGAACAAAAAGUUCCACCUGCCCAUGUACUAUUUACUGGGCAACUUGACCCUGUCCGACCUGCUGGCGGGUUUCACCUACAUGGUGAACCUCAUCACGUCAGGCGCCAACACACUGAACCUGACGCCGGUGCUGUGGUUCCUGAGGGAGGGCUGCGUGUUCAUCAUGCUGGCAGCCUCCGUCAUCAGUCUGCUGGCCAUCGCCAUAGAGCGUCAUGUGACCAUGGUCAGAAUGAAGCCCUACCAGGGUGACAAGCAGGGGCGGAUGUUCGCUCUGAUUGGAGCCAGCUGGGUUCUGUCCAUAUUACUGGGGGUUCUGCCUGUGCUCGGCUGGAACUGCAUGGGUCAGUUGGACCGGUGCUCCACGGUGCUGCCGCUCUUUGCCAAGAGUUACAUCCUCUUCUGCAUCACCGUCUUCAGCGCCAUCCUCAUGUCCAUCGUGGUGCUGUACGUCCGCAUCUUCCGUAUCGUCAAGUCCAACACCAAGCGCCUGGCCUCGGUUCCACAGCGCAAAGGCCUUUACCGCAAGUCCCAGAAGUACUUGGCUCUGCUGAAGACGGUCACCAUAGUCCUGGGCGUCUUCAUCGCCUGCUGGCUGCCCCUCUUCAUCCUCCUGCUGCUGGACUUCUUCUGUCCAGCCAGGAGCUGCCAGGUGCUCUUCAAGGCCGACUACUUCCUGGGCAUCGCCAUGUUCAACUCCUUACUCAACCCCAUCAUCUACACCCUGACCAGCAAGGACAUGAGGAAGGCCAUCCUCAGGCUGCUGUGCCGGCCCUGCCUCGUCACCAGAGACGGACAGGUGAAGAAAAUCGGAAUCCCUUUCCUAGAAUGCAGCACCAGCAAGACGGACGCCGCCUCUCACAGACUGGAGGGACUGGAGACCACCGUGUCCUCCGGGAACUUCACACCCUCCACCAUUAAAGCCAUUUAUCCCAGGAUGAGUAAGACG